AUGGGGAGCAGACCUGUAAACUUUGGUGCAGUUCCUACGGUAGUCCCACGCGCACCGUCCAGAAAGCUUCAAUAUGCAGAUGUCGCUGUUACCGCAACAGCAAAGGAAUUCGCGGGGGUUUACAGAGAUAAGCAAUACCACGCUCCUGACUUUGAGUGUACACUCGACCGGGCCCUUGACGCUAGCGUCUCAAAAGUUCUACUCACUGGCAUGCGUCUCGCUGACGUCGCUUCGAAUGCGGCCAUUGCAAGAUCUCGUCCUAGCCAGUGCUUCAUUACGGCAGGAGUGCAUCCUUAUCAUGCGCUUGAAAUCGAACAGGGCGGUCAAGAUUAUCUCCAGCGUCUAGCAGGUGAAGUGCACGCCCUUCGGAGACAAAGCCCAAGUCCACUUGCCGCAUUUGGAGAACUUGGUCUCGAUUACGACCGGUUACAAUAUGCAGGCAAAGAGACGCAAAGAGAGGCAUUCAAGGCUCAACUAGACCUAUAUGUGUCCGAGAAGUUUGACCUUCCACUGUUUUUGCACUGCCGAUCGGCAUUCGAAGAUUUCGUGGAAAUCAUAACACCAUACACACCGCUGCUUCGCCGACGUGGCCUGGUUCACAGCUUUGUUGGGUCGACUGAUCAGAUGCAAAAGCUUGUCGAGCUAGGCUUCGACAUAAGCGUCAAUGCUUUCAGUUUUUCCGACGAGGAGAGCCUCAAGAUGGUAGCCGAUGUUCCAUUACAUCGCCUUCAAAUCGAGACUGAUUCACCGUGGGGUUAUUUGCCAGACGCUUCUGAGCUCGUAAAGCGCUAUUGCGCAAAUGCUUCUCAACUGCCACUGGCGAAGAAACGGAAUAAAUGGGAGUCUCGUUGUAUGGUUAAAGAAAGAAACGAAAGCUGUAUGAUUGAGCGAAUUGCUUUCAUAGUUGCUGGACUAAAGGGUAUUACUAUAGAGGAAGUUGCUGAUAGAGCUUGGGAAAACAGUAUACAAAUGUUUAGUCUCGAAAGAAGCUAA